AUGGUCUACAAUGAGGAAAUAUAUGCUGAUCUGUUAUCAGAAGACGAUUAUUGCUCUGAUAGUGAAAGUGAUUCGGACAGUGGGAGCGAUAUAAUUGUGAGACGAUUCAAAAAUAAAGGAACACCAAUAAUUAGUGAAUCUGAAAGCGAUGAAGAGAAUUCUGUUGCAAAUGAUUGGUCAGAAGUUGAUUUUAAACCUGAUUUUCAUGCUUGCCUGGAACGGUGUGGGUUACAGGUACCAUGCGCACCAGACAUAUUAUCAACUGUUGAUCUAUUCAUUGGGGACGAUUUAUUUGAUUUGUUUGUCACACAAACAAACUUAUAUCAUAAUCAGCAGAAUAAUGAUAACAACAAUGCAUCAAGAAAGAAUAAAGCUUGGGUUGAUACAAAUGUUGUAGAAAUGAAAAAAUUUUUAGGGCUUGUUAUCCUAAUGGGAAUUGUAAAAAAGCCAGAACAAGACGAUUAUUGGUCUACUCACCCCGGAUUACAUUCACCUAUUUUUGGAAAUACAAUGCCAAGAAACCGAUUUCGGCAGUUAUGGAAGUAUUGGCACUUCAACAAUAAUGAGCAUUGCCAAGAAAGGCUUGACAAAAUAAAACCAGUCUAUACAAACCUGGUAGAAAAAUUUCAAAAAAUUUAUAAACCCGAGAAAGAAUUAUCUUUGGAUGAAGGUAUCAUUCCAUGGAGGGGCAGGCUGUCUUUCCGAACAUACAACCCAGCGAAAAUGAUAAAAUAUGGAAUUUUAGUCCGGAUGGUGUGUGAAGCUUCAUCUGGUUAUAUAUGCAAUUUGGAAAUAUAUUGCGCGCAAGGCAAAUCGCUAAUUGCAACAAUAUUAUCCGUACUAUCGCCAUAUUUGAAUUUAUGGCAUGAUAUAUAUAUGGAGAACUAUUACAAUAGUGUAAAAGUUGCAGAGGAGUUACUACAGCGUAAAACAAACGUCUGUGGCACAAUUAGAGCAAACAGAGGAGUGCCAAAUUGUUUAAAAUCUGCUACAUUGAAAAAUAAGUCAAUGGAAUUUCGCAGAAAAGGGAAGAUUUUAGUACAAAAAUGGAAUUCGGCCAAAAAAUCAAUAACGAUGAUUUCUACGAUACAUUCAGCAGAAAUGGUCGAAUGUGUGAGUAAAAAAACAAAAAAGAAGAGCAUGAAACCAAUUUGCAUACGGGAGUAUAACAAAUUUAUGAAAGGUGUUGAUCACGCCGAUCAAUACCUAUCGUACUAUUCUAUACUUCGCAAAACAAAAAAAUGGACCAAAAAAACAGUCUUAUAUCUUAUAAACUGUGCAUUACUCAACGCGUAUCAGAUUUGCAUAAAAAAUUCCGAAAAUCCUAUUAGAUUCAAACAAUUUUUACUAAAUCUUGCACUAGCAUGGAUUAAUGGGAAUGAAGAGGAGCAACAAUCAAGAUCAGCUGCUCAGUGCAAUAAAAGAUCGCCAAGGUAUGAUCCCCCAGACAGGCUGACCGCGGAUAUGAGGAAAUAUAGAAUAACACGUAUUACUGGUAAUGGGAGAAUUCAAAACCCGCGAAGGGCUUGUAAAGUCUGUACUGCCGCCAAGAAAAGAAGUUCCACCGCAUAUAUGUGUUCUUCCUGCAACGUUCCUCUGCAUGUUGGAAAAUGUUUUGAAAAUUAUCAUACUAACAAGAACUAUGAAUCCUAG